AUGAACCGUUCCAGUGUUCAAUUACCCUCGUUCAGCUCCCUCCUGCUGGGAGCGGUCCACACAGACCCCGUCCAGCACUCGCCACACCAGAACCAAAACCACCAAGACCACCAAGACCACCCCAAUCUCAGCCAGAAACCGCCUCUGCCAGUCGUGUGGGCUCCUACAACACCGUCACUCUAUACGGAACCGUUCCAGUAUCACCACCACCAGAGUCUCCAGAGUCUCCAGAGUCUCCAAAGUCUGUAUCAACACCACCAGCACAAGCACCAACACUCGGCCGUGUCGCACGGACUGCCCACCCCCCGCUGCUCCGCGUCAGACCUUCGCAGUAACAUCGCUCACGUGGCCCCCCCGCUGGACUCGCUCCAACACCAUCCCUCACCGGCGCUGUCGCGGUCGUCUUCCACCUCGCUCAUCGACGUGGCUCCCCUGUCGCCCGCUUCAUUGCCCUCUGCCACCGCUGCUGCCGUAGCGGCUGCCGCCGCUACAACACCAACGGAGUCCCAGAGUCUUCUGAAAUGUGUAUGUCGCAACAACACCAAGACCGGCCAUCACAUCCCACGGCCACGCAACGCGUUUAUACUGUUUCGCCAGCAUCUGCACCAGCAGCUGUUUGCUAAGGAGUCCAACAAGUCUAGCAAAUCCAGUAGCAGCAGCAAUAGCAGCCACGACAUCAAUAACAACACUAAUCAUACACCGCCUGGGACGACCCCAGGAACCCCGGGAACCCCGGGAACCUCAGAACCCACUCCGCAUUCCGUCCCGCUGCUGAGCUCAGAAGUGUCUUUCAAAACCAAUUCGCAAAUAUCCAGAGAGAUCGGCCAGCGGUGGCGCGAGCUGGGCAACCCUGAGCGCAAGUACUGGCAGGACCUCGCGCUUGAGGAGAAAGAGGCCCAUCGCCAGCGGUAUCCGGACUACAAGUACAUACCACGCAAGAGUCGUGUAAACAAGAGACAGCGCAAGGACGGCUGUGAGUUCUGCAAGUUGCAUGGCGACUCGCAGCACCUGAAUUGA